AUGUAAAACAUAAUACAGAGUCCUUUAAAACAUCUAAUUAUAGAGGGAGACAAUAGUCCUAUUAAUUUUAUAGAUGACUUAGAAUUAUCAAGCCAAUCUUCUUCAAACAACACAACCAUCUAAUCAGGAAGAAAGAAUUCUGAUAUGGAAAAUACUGCUCAAAGAAGAAAAUUUCGUUCUUAAGACUUUACUGAGUAAUUAUACAAGUGGAAUGGGUACUUAGUAAAAAAAUUUGAAACUAAAUAGUUAUGA